AUUGACAUAAGACGCAUGUAAAUCCAAUUAGCAGCUAUGAGCAAAAUGUGCGUUUUUUUCCCUGGCUGGACGGCGCUAUGAGAGCAGUAUUCUCUUGUAGUGUAGACGGGAGGAGGUAGGGGACACAGCUAGCUACUUCGGGGGAGGUUGCGGCAGCAAAGGUCUGCGAUUUUGUAGUCAGAAACCCUGCAUCGAUUGUGGAGCAGCUUUUAUAUUUGCCUGUUGAUUGCAUUGUGCCAGCUAGUUAGACGACACAUUGUCGAGGAAUUUCAUUCAAUUUCACAAGUUGCGACAUCGGAUUGUCUGCACUGCAAUACGCUACGCGUUGGGAGGCGCUUUCUUCGGUGUGUACGGACGGAGUUGCAUGGAGGAGAGAAGGUAGCCAGCUAGCAAGCUAUAAGAAACGAAGAAGAGAAAAUACGAUUGCACAAUUUCAAAGAGUUGUAGCUGCCUGAAGGAUGCUCUCAGCCCAGUUGUAGGGAGGACCUCCGCAGUAUAGAAGAGCCUGCAGACUUCCAUCAGAACCAGGCGGCCGCUCCCGCACCUCUGUAGGAACCACGGAGCCGGGAGGGACCGCGACGUGCUGACACUCUCAAUAUGGGCAGACCCCACCCUGGAGAAUCGCGCCCUUCUGACAGCUCAGAUUUGGAGUAACCUCCUCUCUCCAGCGCUCGGGCCCGUUGAAGCCUCCUCCAGUGGUUCAUGUCUGCUGUGCUUCCAGUUGACUCCUCCUCAAUCAUGAUGUCAGUGUGCGUACCGCCGCCCCACAGCGGCUCCCCUGCACCGGACGUGGCCAAUCGCAACGGCCCCCUCCCCACCCCGCCCACCUCCCUAAGCCUGCGCACCUCCCACAACCAGCUGCUCAACUGUGACGUCAUCAAGCAGGGGGCCAAUGAGCUGCGGGGCUCCUCCACGCCGCCCAAGUGCCGCAAGAAGUACGCCCUGACCAACAUCCAGAGCGCCAUGGGGCUGGGGGAGGCUCCGCCCCCCUCCGGCACCCCGCCUUCCUCUUCCUCCUCCUCCUCUUCCUCUUCCUCCAACCCCAAACUGGCUAAGAACGGAGCCAACCAGCUGCGGAAGGCCGCAGAGCAGAGCGACCACAACAAAAACGCGACCAUCGCUGACCCCAGCGGUGACGUCGAGGACGGAGUCGGGUGCAACGAUGUCCCAGAGAAGCCGGAGGUCAAGGAGGACAAGGAGGACAAGGAGGCCCCCCGGAGGAGCAAGAGCCUCCUGGAGUGCUACGACGAGGACCCACCCGACCCGCAGAAGGAGGACGACCCCGCCUCGCCCCUGCUGAGCGGGGAGGACGCGCUGGUGCGCGGGCCCCCGCCGACCCCGCCCAAGCAGCCGAGCCCCGAGCGGGUCCCGCUGCUGUCGGCCGCCUCCUCCUCCUCCAGCCCAGAGACCAAGAAGGACCGGCCCAGGACGGGGGCCAAGACGGACUGCGCCCUCAACCGCAUCCAGAGCCUGGCGCCCAGCGACGAGGACUCCAGCUGGACCACGCUGUCCCAGGAGAGCGCCUCGCCGGGGACGCCUGAGGAAGCAGAUGUGUGGAGCGACCAGUCCUUCCAGACCGACCCGGACCUGCCUCCGGGCUGGAAGAAGAUCGCCGACAUGGCGGGCGUGUACUACUGGCACAUCCCGACGGGCACCACGCAGUGGGAGCGCCCCACGGCCCACCCGGGCACCGCCGGCCCCGCGCCCCCCUCCCAGCAGGGCGCCGGCGGGGACGCCUCCGCCCCCUCCCCCACCCCUGAGAAGGAGUGCUCUGCCCAUGCAGAGUUGUUUUUUGGGGCUUCCCAGCGCUCAGGCAGCACCACCUCAGACAGCUCGGUGGAGCCUGUGCCCCCCUCUUCCUCCUCCGACACCUCUGUGCCCUCGUGUGGGUUCGUCAACAGCUGCUAUUUUCCCCGCUCAUCAUCAUCAUCACAGAACACCGCCCCCCAGGAGAGAUGCCCGGAGCUCUCACAUGAGGAAGACCACAAGAAACAGCCAUGGAGUGAUUUUGCUCUUCUGAGUGGGGGAAAGAUUGAUAGUGAGAUUUGGAAGGACCUGCAGGCGGCCACGGUGAACCCUGACCCCAGCCUCAAGGAGUUUGAGGGGGCCACCCUGCGGUACGCCUCCCUGAAGCUGAGACACCAACCCCAGUCAGAUGAAGAUGACACAGGCAGCAUCAACAGUGACCCGGAGGCUAAGUGCUUUGCAGUGCGCUCUCUCGGCUGGGUGGAGAUGGCUGAGGAGGACCUGGCGCCCGGGAAGAGCAGCGUGGCCGUCAACAACUGCAUCCGGCAGCUGUCCUACUGCAAGAACGACAUCAGAGACACCGUGGGCAUAUGGGGAGAGGGGAAGGACAUGUACCUGAUUCUGGAGAACAACAUGCUGAACCUGGUGGACCCCAUGGACCGCAGCGUGCUCCACUCCCAGCCCAUCGUCAGCAUCCGCGUCUGGGGCGUCGGCCGCGACAACGGCAGAGAGAGGGAUUUUGCCUAUGUGGCGAGAGACAAAGACACCCGGAUACUAAAAUGUCAUGUGUUCCGCUGUGACACGCCUGCAAAAGCCAUCGCCACGAGUCUUCACGAAAUCUGUUCCAAGAUUAUGGCUGAACGCAAGAAUGCCAAAGCAGUAGCUGGCAGCUCUCUGCAGGCGGGCUCUGACGUCCCCCUCCAGGCAGAGUUCCCCACACCAAAGACAGAGCUGGUGCAGAAGUUCCAAGUCAUGUAUCUGGGAGUGAUGCCUGUGGCCAGGCCCAUAGGCAUGGACAUCCUCAACGGAGCCAUAGACAGCCUCAUCUCCUCCUCGGAGAAGGACGACUGGACGCCCGUCAUCCUCAACGUGGCCGACGCCACCGUCACCAUCAUCAAGGACAAGGAGGACGAGGAGGUGCUGGUGGAGUGCCGGGUGCGCUUCCUGUCCUUCAUGGGCGUCGGCCGGGACGUGCACACCUUCGCCUUCAUCAUGGACACGGGGAACCAGCACUUCGACUGCCACGUCUUCUGGUGCGAGCCCAACGCCGGGAGCGUGUCGGAGGCGGUGCAGGCUGCGUGCAUGCUGCGAUACCAGAAGUGUCUGGUGGCCCGACCACCCUCCCAGAGGGCCUGCUCGGCGUCCCCGCCCCCGGACUCGGUGACGCGGAGGGUGACCACCAGCGUGAAGCGCGGUGUGCUGUCCCUCAUUGACACUUUGAAGCAGAAGAGGCCGGUACCGGAACUGCCCCAGUAACGGGGAGGGGGCAGCCCGGGAGUCCACAACAGCAACGACAGCAAUGCACCCCCCCCUCCCCCCUCCCCCACCCGCAUCACGCAGCAAACAAGCAACAGAAAACAGUGCCCCCCCCCCUUGAGUCGGAGGGGAAGUGCGUGGCGCGACGGCAAGGAGGUGCUUCCCAAACCGCAGCGUGUCCGGCAGGCUCCCCUGCCGUCCUCUUGUCCCCCUUGUCCCAUGGCCCCCAGCAUGCCCUACCCCACACCUCCCCUCCCCGUCGGGCCGCGCCCCCGGCCCCCAUCGUGCUCCAACCCGAGGAAGUGCAUGACGAGGUUUUCAUCGGGACUCUGUUUCCAUAGCCGCGGCUUCGCUGCUUCACAAACCAAAAGAACCAGGAUCAUCCCUCUGUUGUUUUUUUUUGUCUGCUUUCGCUUGUUUCUGAAGCCCGGGGCGUCUUCCCUUGUGCCAUAUCAGUGUUUGUAUAAAAAAAAAAAGAACAAGCCGCUCCGGAAACUUCUUUUGUACUCCUCGUCUCUGCCUUUUCGAGCACUGAAACCAGACAGUCAAUAGCCAUAUCAGAAAGUGUCAGAAUGACUUCCCAGAAGCCUUUUCUCUCCACUAUCUUCAAAUGCAUCUCCUGCCUCCCGUCUCUUUGCGCUGCAAAAUCAGAUGUGAGGUGGAUGCGCCACUUUCUUUAGUUAUUUUUAUAAACCACCCCAUCCUGGCAGUUUUGAGGGGUGCCACGCUCAAGUGGAACGUGGUCGAAGAGCGGUCAGCCUCGCCGAUGUCUUGACUGUGCCUGCGUUCAACGGGGGUGAGGGGGAAACAGAAAAUCUAGGAGGAAGGGGAGGUUUUAAAGAUGUAAGAAUGUGAUUCAUAUUUCAUUUCUGUUGUUUUUUUUUUAGCACAUUUUAAUUUCUGAUUUCUUAAUGCUGCAGCUCAAAGUCUAAAGACCCGACUCGCGUUUUUAUCGGACGAUGUGCCUCCUCGGACACAGCCGUGUCCGGCGGGGACAGGGGACUGGGACAGUUUUGGUCACGUUCAGCUCUUCCAGGAGACAUGAUUCAGAAGCUGUCCUCGCAGGAUUAAUGUUGGCGUGAUUGGGAAAGAAAAAAAAAAAAA